UGUACAAAUUUUCAUGAUUGACAAGUUUUGACAACAGUCAACCUAACCUCAAAAAGAUCCCUGUCCCUCCGUAACCAUAACAUAAGAAUUUUUUUAUUUCUGAGAGAGUUUUUCAGGGAAUAUUAUUCAAUUUGAAGGAAACUAUAUUAUAAUUUAACGGAAUAAUAUGGGAUAAAUAUAAACACAUAAUAUUAAAAACCGUUUGCAGCCACAAAAUCAACCAAAUAUUAUUUUUGAUUAGAAAAACCUUCAUCCAACCAAUUUGAAGAAAAUGAAUGUUUUAAAAGACAAUUCCAGGUUUACGAGUUACUUGGACGAGCCUGAACUAGAGAGUAUUACAUUAGAAGACUCUCAACGUACCAAAUUUUUGGAUGGAGAAACCAUUGUAUGUGAGGCCCCGCAAGUUUUAAUGUACACCCCUCUAACCCAAACAAACAAACCCCUAAAAGGUGUACUAACGGUAACAACAUUUAAACUAUCUUUCGCUUCUGCUGAAGAUUACGAAUCAUAUUCGAAUUGCUAUCAGCAGAAUUAUCUUUUAGGAGUUAAUGAUGUUUGUUUAUCUUUGAUUGAUUGUAUUUAUCAGCUUGGUGAACGCAAUAAGAAAAAAUUGUUACCUGGGCAAAGCAUUAGUGGUAAAAUAAAAGAAUUGUUAAUAGUUUGUAAGAAUAUGAAGUAUUUUGAAUUAAGCUUUAAAAACAGCGAUAAAGAUAGCGGUAAGCUCAUAGCAAAUGCCCUUUUACAUCACGCCUACCCCAAAAGACAUCAACUUUUAUUUGCUUACGAUUAUAAGGAGCCUUACAUAAACACUGCUCUAAUAAAAGAAGCAAAACUUUUCCAAUUCAAACACGAUUGGGAAAAAGAACUCCAAAGAACAAAUUGUCCCGGUUGGAGAUUGAGCCACGUAAAUUUCAAUUACCAAGUAUCUCCUUUGCUAAUCGAAACCAUUAUAGUUCCACAAUCUGUCACAGAUAGCAUCAUAAAAGAAGCAGUCGAAAAAUUCAGAAGUCGAUUUUGUCCCGUAUGGGUUUGGGGUACUUCACAAGGUGCCGCCUUAGUAAGGAUGGCCGAUUUAUUACCAACAAUAACCGAUAGAACUGAGGAAAACAAAUUGCUAGAACACAUAAGAAAAAGUCACCCGCAAAAGAAAGCUCCGCAUAUUAUUGAUCUCACUAGUCCUAGUCCUAAAGAUAUUUAUACAAGCUACGUUAAAUUAAGAGAUUUGUGCACCCCAGAAACCCCUAGAGUAUUCAAAAGCCAGGAUUUUAAGUUUUACGGUCUAUUGGAUGCGACAAAAUGGUUGUCACAUGUAUCUACGUGUUUAAGUAAAGCCAAAGAAGCUGCUGAAAAAAUCGAACACAGCAAUUUCACUGUCGUUUUGCAAGAAGGCAACGGACAAGAUUUGAAUUGUUUAGUGUCCAGUUUAACGCAAAUAAUACUGGAUCCGUAUUUUAGGACAAAGUUUGGCUUUCAGUCUUUGAUUCAAAAAGAUUGGGUUGUUAUGGGGCAUCCGUUUGCUAAUAGAUUAAGACAUAUUUUAAGUAAGGAUGUAGAACAAUCUCCGGUAUUUUUACUGUUUCUCGAUUGCGUGUGGCAGCUACUGCAACAAUAUCCUGCGGCCUUUCAAAUAAGUGAAACUUAUCUUACUACUCUUUGGGAUUCGGCGCACUUAUCUGUCUUUGACACUUUUCUUUUUAAUUGUCAACAUCAACGAUUUAUGGCUAGUACGGGAAACUGUAAUGCCCAUAUCCCAUUAACCCUAAGAAGCGUCUGGGAUUGGCGCGAACAAUUCAGCGAAAAAGACAUAGCAUUAUUUUGCAACCCCCUCUACAAUGACCGUUAUAUCGAAGCGUUGCGACCCAGCACCGGGUUGCCCAACUUGGAAGUGUGGGGUCAGUGCUACUUCAGGUGGAUCUCGGAUUUGGAAAUUCCUAGAGGCGGCAGGCCCCAAAUCGACUUGUUCAGUCGGUAUUUGGUGCAAGAUAUUUUGCAAAAACAAUACAACAGUGCGGAUGUUAAUGGGACAUUGGUGAAAAUUAAUAGGAAUAUGGAAGAGUAUGUGGAUUUGGUUAAGAAAGUCAAUGGGUUUUUUCCGUUUAGUCAUAAUAGUGCUUUGGUUAAUAAUCCGAUUAAUAAUGUGCUUCUGACGGGUGAUACGUUGGAUUCUCAGUCAAUACUUAAUUUGAAUAACGAAUAAAUGAUUUAUGGGAAACAAGUCUUCUUGAAGUGGGCCUUAAAAUAUACAACUUUCAUGCCAUAGAUAAUCUAAACAUCCUAUGAAGUUCUCAUGGUAAAAACAUGAAUAUGAAUUCCAUGAAUCUAUAUGCUCCUUUUGUUUGUUUGCUAAAGAUUUUUAGUGCCAUUUCUGAACAAAAUACGUACUAAGGCCUUAAUUUGAACCAAAUAACAUAAUUAUUUCUUCCAGUUUAAAUAGUAAUAAUAUGCCAAAAUUUAGGUAAUGAAGCAGCUUUAAUGAUAAGUAGAAUAAAUUAUUGAUUUUGGUUUGGUACUUGCAUUAUACAGGGUGUCCCACAAGGUUUUUCCCAAAUGAUAACUUCGGAACGCAUAAUUUUUUAUCAUUUUCUUUACCAAACCCUUAACAAAUACCUAUGGCAUUGCCGAUUUUGUAAUUUAAUUUUCUAACGAAAAAUUUCAUAAUAUACCAUGAGUUACAUUUAAGAUUCGAAAGUUGACGUCACUUGAACUAAAUUCAAGCAAAUGUGGUGAAAUUGGAUGAUAAUGGUAAGAAGCACAAAAAGUUACCCUAGAUCCUCAAAAUUUCAAUUAUAUUGGAUGAAACGUUCUGAAGUUAUUUAUUACCUGGGAAAAAGGUUGUGGAACACCCUGUAUAUAUUUCUUUUUUAACUCAAGCUUAGAAUUAUCCUUAUUUAUUUGACUUUUAUUAAGUUGUUGAUAAUGUAAGUAACCCACAAAUAAUUUAUUCAUGUAAAUUGAACAAUGUUUAAAUGUUGCUGUACAUAUUUUCAUACUAAACCAAUACCAAAUAAUAAAUAUGUAAUAUUUUUAUUUAUAUUUGUAUUUAUCAGCUAUAACUUCUGUGA